AAGUAAUUCGAGUUGAGAGAACAAUCGAUUUUCCUGACAGAAUGAGGCUGGCGAUACAAAUCUGAUCUUGAGUUCAGUUGAUUGUAACAAGUCCUUGUGAUCGAUUUGAAUGUUCGGGCACAGGGAAUAAGUCACGUGCGAUUUCGACAGCGUUAAAAAGUGCGCAGGAUUCGUGUAAGCACGUCUCUUCGGUAUAUUGAAAGUUAAGUUAAUAUGUUUAUUGUCCCACAUAGCUAGUGAUAGAUGCGGAUUCGGAUGCUGGAAGGGCUCUGUACAAGAGGAUCUCAAACCUGGGGUUGCGGAGUAAGACCCACAUCAGUCGACCGCUUCAACGAAAUUCCGCAUCUACCUGGCUCGGCGGCGCUCGUGGUACUUGCAGUCCUUGCCCUUGGCAUUCUAGUCGUCGACUACGGACGAAUCCUUUUGCUCAGACGAAAGCUACCUCCCGGACCCUUCCCAUUUCCCAUCGUUGGCAAUCACUAUCAAAUAUCCAAGGAUCGACCGUGGAUCCAAUGGGCUGAAUGGGCUGAAUACUACCAAAACCCUCUUACAACUAUUUGGGUCGGUAGAGAGCCUCGUAUCAUCGUUCAGGAUGCCUGGGUCGCUUCCGACCUCCUUGAGAAACGUGCGGAUAUCUUCUCCUCGCGACCUAGACUUGUCGUGUUAGGGGAUGUUGUAGAUGCGACGACUACCAAUCAGACGAUGCUGGUGUAUGGCGACAGGUGGCGGAUUCACAGGAAGCUGAUGCAUGGUGCUGUAGGCGUACAAGCUGUUCGAGGAUAUCGCUCAGCUCAAGCAAAUGAAUCCAAGAUCUUGACACGAGAUCUCUUGAACAACCCAACAGACUUUGUAUUAUCCAUCGAGAGGUACUCUGUCUCUCUGACCUCCAUCGUCGGGUGGGGUCGAAGAAUUGACAAGACAAACGAUGAUACAGCACAAUUCGCACUAGACUUUAUGGAAGCGGUGAAUUACGUUGUCCCCGGCUUCUUCCUCAUGGAGUCGGUACCCUUCCUCACCAAACUCCCAUCUUUCAUCUACAGUUUACCCUCGAAGAUCGAAAAGACUGCAACUUCAUCUCUGCGGUAUUUUUACAUGCUUACUCAAGAGGGUGCUCAAGCGCAAGUCCCAACCUUUGCGAAGAACUUGCUCGAAGCCCAAUCAGAAUUCAAUCUCAACGACAAAGAAGUCAGUAACAUGGCGGCGAAUCUGAUUGGUGGUGGUGUCGACACGACCUCUAGCACAAUGGUCAGCUUCAUACUGGCCAUGGCGUAUUUCCCGAACGUACAGAAGAAAGUUCACGAGGAGCUAGAUCGCGUAGUCGGGCGAGAUCGCUCCCCGAAUUGGGAAGACAUCGACAAGAACCUUCCAUACGUGAUGGCGACGGUGAAAGAAGUUCUUCGCUGGAGAACAGUGACAAUCCUUGCUGGUAUCCCCCACGCAAACACGGUCGACUACCAGUAUCGCGGCUACCAUAUUCCCGCAGGCACCAACAUCACUGGGAACAUGUGGGCUAUUCACCGCAAUCCCCGCGACUUCCCCGAACCAGAUGUGGUGCGACCUGAACGAUUCCUUGGUGCGCUAGAGAACCCAUACCCAAACUCGCGAGGAAGCAAUCCUUUUGGAUUUGGGAGACGGCAGUGCAGCGGGCAGCCUAUGGCGGAGCAAGGACUUUAUUACUCCUUGGCAAGAAUCGCUUGGGCAUUCGACAUACAGCCGGGACUAGAUGAAAAUGGAGACGAAGUCAAAUUGGAUAUUUUUGCUUACACCAACACGGAGAACAUGCGACCAGAGCCGUUCAAAGUUCGCUUUGUUCCCCGCACACCCGAGCUCGAGGAGAUGGUCAUAUCUGAGGCUGCUGACGCCAGAGAAGAAUUGCGCAUUUACGAUAGGGAGACUAAAGUCAAGAUGAAGGAUGCACUUGCAUCGAGCAAGACCUUCUGA